AAAACAAAGUUUUCCCUCGUUUUUUUCUAUCUGUCUCUGUUUCACUUUUUCUCUCCGUCUUUCGUUUCUCUCUUCUCCGGCUACGACUGUCUUCUCUCUUCCUUCUUCGUAUGUCCCGUUCCUCUCCGUUUUUCUCCGGCUAGGGCUACGAUCUUCGGCUUUUCUCUCUGUUCCUCUUCAUUCGAUUUCCCUUAGAAAUCCCUCACCCAUCGGAUUUCAAGACAAUCGAAGCAACCCCAAGUGGGAAAUCAAGACAAUCGAGCCGUCUCGGUGGGCAUUCUUGCCCUGUUUCUGAUUGGUUGCGACGGAAAAAGGGUUUAGGCUUUGGGCCCUGAAGGCCCUUUGGUUGAGGAAUUCUUGGACAAUGUUAAAAGAUAUGCAAUUUACGCCCUUACUGGUGCCAUUGUAUCUUUAGCACUCAAAGACACGGAUUUUUUCAGCUGCUGUAGGAACUUUGAAGAAUGUCGAAAGAAGAAGACACCAAAGCUACCAGGAGGACAACCCGGUCCUCUUCAGCUGCUGUUCUAAGGGAUUCUGGUGAAAUAAAGAAGAAAUGUGGUCCACAUAUUCCAACUUUUAAUGAUCUCGUUUUUGGAGAAGAUAACAUUAGUAAGGAAGAUCUCCUGUCUAAUUUUCCUGGACGUCAUACUCAAAUUCUUGAACUCCUUAACCUUUUAGGUCCCCUGAAUUCUCCCAUGCUUCCCCUCUUUGUCUAUGGUGGCACGUCAACGGGAAAAACCAGUGUCAUUCUACAAAUAUUUCGUCAUCUCAAUCGUCCUUUUGUCUACUCGAGCUGUCGUACAUGUUAUAGUUUGCGAACUCUAUUUGAGUCUAUCUUGAAUCAGUUAUUACUUCACGAAAAAGAUGCAGACAAUGGAUAUUUGAGUGCAAAACGCUGUGAAAAAACAUCAGAUUUUGUUAACUCUCUACGUGAAGCCUUAGUUAAAGUUGUAAAAACUCUCCAGGGGAACCCAGGAAAGAUAGGCACCAAGAAGUUGACUGGACAAGGGCAUGGACAUAUGAUCUACCUGAUUUUUGACAACUUGGAACUUGUUAGAGACUGGGACAAGAGUUCAAGCAUAUUGCCCUUUCUGUUUAAUCUCCAUGAAGUUUUAAACAUGAAUGAGGUUGGAUUUCUCUUCAUCAGUAAUACUUCUCCUGAUACAUACUAUUCAAAUAUGGGUUACUUGGAUCCCAUCCCUGUUUAUUUCUCUGAGUACACAGAAGAUGAUCUUCGUAAAAUUUUUAUAAGGAAUCAAACCAAUCAAGAGAUGUAUUCUUCCUUUUUGAGUGUUGUAUUGGGGCCAUUCUAUAGAAUUACUAGACACGUGAAUGAGCUAUCCAUAGCGUUUUCAUCAUUGUAUAAAACAUACUGUGAAGCUUCAGAUGAUCUGAACGACGUUCCCAACGAGUCCAGCAAGAGGGCACGUUUCAGUCGUUUUCAGCCACAUAUCUCCCCUGCCUUGAAUCAGAUAUUUAAAAUUUCAUCUCCACCUUCUGAGGUUAAUAAUUUGAAGGAAGCAAAGAGAAAAGCUGGUAGUAAGAAGUUUGGUGGGUGUGACUCUUCUGAGCAUUUGGAUUUUCACAUGUCAACUUCUGCAAAAUAUCUUCUUCUUUCAGCAUUUCUUGCUUCAAGAAACCCAGCUACACUUGAUGCAUCACUGUUUGAUUCAACUGGGGGCUCUAGCAGUAGAAAAAGAAAGAAGAGGCCAUCUGAAAAAUCAAUCGAGCAGAAGGAAAUUUGUGAACAGGAGUUGCUUAUGAAAGGACCAGGAACUUUUCCAUUGGAGCGAUUGCUUGCAAUAUUUCAGUGCAUUACGUCUGUGGCAGAAAUCUCACUUGAAGAUGACCAAGGAAAUGUUGCAAUGGACAGUCAAAAUGAGGAUAGUGAACUCAUGUCUGAUGUUCUUCUGCAACUUUCCAGUCUCUGCAAUGCGAACUUUGUGGUCAAAGGAGGAAGUUGCCCACUAGAAGGGUCAACUCGAUACCGCUCUACAGUGUCUGAAGAUAUGGCUUUGAAGGUGGCAAGGAGUAUUAAGUUCCCUCUGUCGAAGUACAUGUACAGAAGAUAAAAUGUGACAAAGAAAUUUAUUCGUAACAUGUCAAAAGAAUCCAGAUUCCAGAUUCUGGUGCCAAGAAGGUAUUGUUGCUUUGCAUUAUUAUCAAGUAGCGUCAACAACUUAUCCGGUGGACUCGGCGGCACAACAAUGGCUCAAUGACGUACUUGAGAGAAGAAAUGGACUGCAUCUAAUACACAAAAGAAGAAAAAUACAGUACUUUCUUAUAACUCUAAGGAUACAGUUGUACAACCUUUCGACCAGAUCUUGUCAAGUAAGGUCGUAAAAUACAAUACUUUUCAGAAGCUUCUUAUUUUAAUUUAGAAAUGUGUGAUGUGGGGGUGGGGGUUCUUUUUAAAAGCAUUAGACCAUAAAAUAUCAUGUGUUGAAAACAUGAAUAUUCAUCUAGAAACAACUUUCCAUGGUUGGAAAAUCAUUGAUGCUGGUUAGUUACCAGCUAUUGCUGUAUGGCUUCAAAAACAGAGAGAUAUGAGAAAAAGAAAAAACUGUGGAUUAUUUUAGCAAUGUCUUAGGUCACCUAUUCUAUUCCUUUUGGCUCUCAAAACCGUCGGCAGCAGUUGAGAAUAUAUUAAAAGAGAAUGGGAAGAGAGAUUAGACUUUCACCUACCUUUUCAAGGAAGUAGAUAUGUACUUUAAUUAUCAGUUGUUCAAAAAUGUUGCCCCCUUUUUGGCUCCAUCUUCCAAAAGUUGGAACCUACUGUCCAUGAAAAUCUAUUGGUAACUAUUCUUUUUUUUUUUUGCCUCUUUGACAAAAAUAUAACGCUGUUUCAUUUAAUGCAUUGCUUUCUUUACCCAUCUUGCAUUGAAGUUCUUUUGUGAACUGCUUUAUUUUGUUACUACUGAGCUAUAUGAAAUGCUAUUAAUGACAUUGAUGUUGAUACCCAAGUUAAUUUCUUCUCUGAUUGGAUGUAGGAAAAAAAAAUGAGGUUCCAUCAUGGGAGAGCCCUUUAGUUAUAUUGUGUAUGGGAAGAAAUAAUGGUUUUAAUUAUUUUGUUCAAAGUUUUAAAGUGUAUUGAAUAUUAUAUUGUGGGUAGUAAAAUGUCAAUUUUGUUUUA